AAUAUUUAACGACUGUCUUAGCAAUGACGUCAUCAACCAGAAACCAAGGGUUUGCUUUCGGCUCUAAAAUAACAGACAAAUCAAGCGCCUUAUUUAAGGCUGUUACAGAGAACAAUAUUCAGUUAGUAAAGUAUCUCUUGGAAAGUGGCACGGAUCUCAAUAUUAAGAAUUCUAAAGGAUUAACUCCCCUGAUGACUGCCGCCAAUUCUGGCAACACUGAAAUUAUUCAAUGUUUACUUGCACACGGCGCCGAUGUUAACAUGGCAGAUGGAAAUGACAUGUCAGCGUUUAUGGUUGCCGCGUCUAGAGGUGACGUUAAAAACAUGAACAUUCUUUUUAACAGCUGGGCAUCCGUCAAACAGAAAACAAAAGAAGGGAAAAACGCUUUAAUCUUAUCUUCAACUGCUGGCCAUGUUACCGCUGUAAAAUACCUGCUUGAUACAAAACUGAUUGAUGUUAAUAGUGUUGACAAUUUCGGUCUCACUGCACUGAUGUACGCCGCACAAACAGACGAAGUUGAUGUCGUACGUUUACUUAUAGAACACGGAGCAGACGUUAACAAGCAGACAAAUCGUCAAAAUACUGCCUUACAUUUUGCCGCGUUGUUUGGAAAAGUUAAUGUCGUAGACGUUCUAAUACACUCAGGCGCUGAUUUAAAUGUAAAGCAAUUUGAAGGCUAUACUGCUAUUCAACUUGCAGCACAAGAAGGCCAUAGAUGGACUGUAAAGAAAUUACUGGACAACAACGCAAUGCUAAACAUGGAAGAUUGGCACUCACAGCAGAUUCUUCAGUCCAGCUUAAAGCGCCUGCGUAUUGGCAUGUAUUUCUUGUUGCUCAAGCAAACGACACGACAAGCCAUCAUGUAUCACGUUAUUACAUUAUUUAUCUCCUUUGUGUUCUUUUCCUUAACUAUUAUUGUCUUAAGAUGGUGCGAUAUGUAAUUCUUAAAGAUAGAAUUCAUUGUUGAUGCAAAUAUAAGUAAUCCAUUAGCAUUAGCUGUUUGAAACAUUACUGAGGUAUGUAUCAUCAUGUAUCAUAUACUCCCAGCUCUU